CAAAACAUUAAUUUCUUCUGAAACGCGGUGCGGUCAGCACCAGAUUACUGUGCAUGCGCGAUCUUGAACAUUCGUAGGACAAGAUAGUGAAAUUCGAUCGCGUUCAAUAUGAAUGCUGUAAACAAGGCAACUCAUUGUGGUGCAAAGGAAGGCCAAGGGGCAUCCAACAGCAGCCCGUUGCCGAAACCAGCAAGCGAAGCUCCAUCAAGUCUGUUGAAUAUGGAUUCUUUACCCAGCAAUUUUCAGAUCGGCUGUACAAAAAUCGUAGUAGUAAACAAGCCGAUGGAUCAGGAAGGGCGCACAACAAAACCAGCGCAUCAUUCGUUGUCCUCCGCUAUGAUCGAACCGUCCGUGAACGAACCUACGAACCAUAUCCUAACGGUAUCAAAAUCACAUUUUCAGCAAAUGCAGAAGAGCUCAUUAGCGUCCGGUAGCUUUAUCACAGAAACCCAUGGUACGAACUCUUCUCCGUCGGUUCAAUCGCCACACGUUCCAAUCAAUGCCCGCGCACAGUUAAAACAGAAUUCUGUAUCGCCAUUGGCGAAUCAAAUGUCUACGAAUGACACAACUCAGCAAUUUAGUCUGGUGCUUGAGGCGCUCGCACGCAUCUCUCAGACUGUGGAACAAAACACGAUAAAACUUCAAGCCCUGAGCAACGAAAUCUCACAAUAUGCGAAUAUACAAGGGCAGAUUUUACAAACGCUGAAAGAGCUACAGAAAUCGUCCAUAGCUCAUCGCGCAGAAAUGGACAUUCGAAUGGACUUCGUUAAUAAAACCAGCAUACAAACACAGGUAUUAAAAACCCUAAGCGCACAACAAGAGUUGAUCACAACUCAUGGUAAAUCUGUGCCACUACACUUAAAACCCGUCGAUAGUCUUGAAGAUUUGGAGAGACUCGAGAAACUGUCCAAAAACAAGAACUUCGUGGAAUCUCUGGCACGGUUUAUAAAGUCUACGUUUCCCGCAGAUUUUGAUGGCACAGCAGGAACCUAUUGUCACCGUAUAGUGGAUUUUUUCUUCACGAGACAAUUCCUGACAAAAUGCUCAUGGACUGGAAGUUCGAUAAAUGGAAUCCAAAAAAUUGGAUUUCGCUACUUUCCUUACAUGGUCAAUUUGUUUAUUUCUGUUGUGCAGCAUGCCUACCCCGAAUUUACCGAAAAAGAGGGAAUACAUUUCCUCAGGAGGGUUAUGAUUCAUGCUAAAGUUCGUUUACACGAUAUACAACGUGCAAGUACAGCACGUAAAAAAAGGGAUAAAACAAAUCGGGCCGAAGCUCAACCACGAAGAAAAAAAGCAUUCCGACCGAAGAUCGAAGUCGUUGAGAAUAGCACAGACUGUUUCGAGAUUGAUCCCUUGAAGAUUGAAGUAGAUUUAGAUGAGUUAGAUAUUCCGAAUGGUAACUAAUUCAGCCAGAUACGUAAAGGAUGAAAUCGGCACGUUGGUGGGUCGGUACUCUGAACCGUUUAUUGAUUGGUGAAUAACAGUGCAUAAUUAAGGAAUAAAUGAGAAUGAGAAGAAACAUACAACUCAAGUUACAUCAUUCUAUAUUUCUGAAUCAUUUCUGUAUGCCAGCCAUUUAUACUGGAGCUGAGGAUUAUUUUUUGUGUUCUGCCUCUCUUGUACUUCAAUAGGUCCAAGAAAUCCUCUAUAGACGUUUCCAAUGUUUCGCUUGUUAACCGUUACUGCAUGUUGCUUUGUUAAAACAGGAUGAUAAGUUUAAUAAAACCGACGAAUAUCGUUUUACUUUAGGAACUCUGGUGUACGAAUUUUGAAUGGAAGAGACAGCACCAGAUUACUGUGCGUGCGCGAUCUUGAGCAUUCGCAGGACAAGAUAGUGAAAUUCGAUUGCGUUCAAUAUGAAUGCUGUAAACAAGGCAACUCAUUGCGGCGGAACGAAAGGCCAAGGGCCAUCCAACAGCAGGCCGUUGCCGAAACAAGCAAGCGAAGCUUUAAAGAAUCGAAUAUCAAAUCUGUUGAAUAUGGAUGCUUUACCCAGCAAUUUCCAGAUCGGCUGUACAAAAAUCGUAGUAGUAAACAAGCCGAUGGAUCAGGAAGGGCGCACAACAAAACCAACGCAUCAUUCGUUGUCCUCCGCUAUGAUCGAACCGUCCGUGAACGAACCUACGAACGAUAUCCUAACGGUAUCAAAAUCACAUUUUCGGCAAAUGCAGAAGAGCUCAUUAGCGUCCGGUAGCUUUAUCACAGAAACCCAUGGUACGAACUCUUCUCCGUCGGUUCAAUCGCCACACGUUCCAAUCAAUGCCCGCGCACAGUUAAAACAGGAUUCUGUAUCGCCAUUGGCGAAUCAAAUGUCUACGAAUGACACAACUCAGCAAUUUAGUCUGGUGCUUGAGGCGCUCGCACGCAUCUCUCAGACUGUGGAACAAAACACGAUAAAACUUCAAGCCCUGAGCAACGAAAUCUCACAAUAUGCGAAUAUACAAGGGCAGAUUUUACAAACGCUGAAAGAACUACAGAAACCUUCCAUAGCUCAUCGUGCUGAAAUGGACAUUCGAAUGGACUUCGUUAAUUCACCGAAUAAUACCAGCAUACAAACACAGGUAUCAAAAACCCUAAGCGCACAACAAGAGUUGACCACAACUCAUAGUAAAUCUGUGCAGCCAGUACACUUAAAACCCGUCGAUAGUCUUGAAGAUUUGGAGAGACUCGAGAAACUGUCCAAAAACAAGAACUUCGUGGAAUCUCUGGCACGGUUUAUAAAGUCAUUGUUUCCCGCAGAUUUUGAUGGCACAGCACGAACCUAUUGUCUCCGUAUAGUGGAUCUUUUCUUCACGAGACAAUUCAUGACAAAAUGCUCAUGGGCUGGAAGUUCGAUAAAUGGAAUCAAAAAAAUUGGAUUUCGCUACUUUCCUUACAUGGUCAAUUUGUUUAUUUCUGUUGUGCAGCAUGCCUACCCCGAAUUUACCGAAAAAGAGGGAAUACAUUUCCUCAGGAGGGUUAUGAUUCAUGCUAAAGUUCGUUUACACGAUAUACAACGUGCAAGUACAGCACGUAAAAAAAGGGAUAAAACAAAUCGGGCCGAAGCUCAACCACGAAGAAAAAAAGCAUUCCGACCGAAGAUCGAAGUCGUUGAGAAUAGCACAGACUGUUUCGAGAUUGAUCCCUUGAAGAUUGAAGCAGAUUUAGAUGAGUUAGAUAUUCCGAAUGGUAACUAAUUCAGCCAGAUACGUAAAGGAUGAAAUCGGCACGUUGAUGGGUCGGUACUCUGAACCGUUUAUUGAUUGGUGAAUAACAGUGCAUAAUUAAGGAAUAAAUAAGAAUGAGAAGAAACAUAAAACUCAA